AUGGCCAGCGAACUGAAACCACGGCUUUGUAUCAUGACAAAGAGUGAGAACGGGUAUGGGUUUCACUUGCACGGUGAGAAGGGGAAGAACGGCCAGUUCAUUCGCAAAGUUGAGCCCGCGUCGUCAGCCGAAGCUUCGGGGCUGCGCCCGGGGGACCGUGUCAUUGAGGUGAACGGGGGAAAUGUGGAGAAAGAUACGCACCAUCAAGACCAGACUGCUGGUGGUAGACCGGGAGACGGACGAGUACCUCCGCAGCCUGCGCCUCGUCUGCACCGAGGAGAUGGCUGUCCGUCUGGGGGGACCCACCUCUGUGUCCCCUGCCUCACCCCCAGCCUCACCACCCCCCUCCUCGCCCCCGGCCUCCUCGCCCCCAGCCAGAGAGAGAACGGCUCCGUGUCCAAGCUGCCCACUACCCUGACCAGAGAGGUACCCAAGCCCACGCGAAGGUCUCCGUCGCGGGCCGCCAAGAAGGAGGCUCUGGCCCAUGUUAAUGCCCAUGCCCAGGUGGCGCGGACACCAGUGGACCCAUCGGAGCUGUUCCCCAGGCUGUGCCACCUGGUGCGGGCCGAGACUGGCUACGGCUUCAACCUGCACAGUGAGAAGUCCCGGCCGGGCCAGUACAUCCGCUCCCUGGACCCUGGGUCUCCAGCCGACCACGCCGGGCUCAGACCACAGGACAGACUCAUAGAGGUGAAUGGGGUGAACGUGGAGGGCAUGCGUCAUGCGGAGGUCGUGGCCUUCGUAAAGAGAGGAGGAGAUGAGACCAGGCUCCUGGUGGUGGACCCUGACACAGACCAUCACUUUAAGAAGAUGGGCGUCACCCCAUUGGCCAGCCACGUUAAAGACUUUGACGGUCCGUCCAUAUCCAACGGCUCCCCCAGUCCUCAGAUCAACGGCAGCUUCACCAGCAGCUCCAUCCAGUCACACCACUCUGACCUGAGCAGUCCAGACAACAGCCUGCAGCUGGGAGAGGACGAGGCCAGCCGUCUGAUGGACCCGUUUGCUGAGAUCGGCCUGCUCCUGAGUCCCACUGCGGCUGAGGCCAAAGAGAAGGCACACGCCAAGAGAGCCAAGAAGAGAGCCCCUCAGAUGGACUGGGACAAAAAACACCAGCUCUUCAGCAACUUCUGAACUUUUCUGCCACCCAAUGAGAGAAGCAGAAAGACUGUCGAAUUUGACAUUUCUGUAACUUACCUUCAACAUUCCUACAUUCCAACAUUCCUAAUAUGCAGAUAGAAUGUUGUUCUUUGAGCGUUGGCCAUCCAACACCCACUCCCCCCUGCUUCCAAAAUGGACGGGAUGGAAUGAUGGACAUCUCAUCCUUUACCCCUCCUUCAAUCCUCCCUUCUUCCACCCUUCUCUAUACCCUCAUCCCACCCAGAGAGCUUGUCUGCUGGACUGGACUGGAAUAAGAGACUCCAGCUUCUUUUGAAUCCUCCCGUCAUCAUCAGUCUUUCCCUAAACCAUCCAAUGUCCCUCCUCUUUUACCACUAACUCCCACCUCCUCUUCUACCACUAACUCCCACCUCCUCUUCUACCACUAACUCCCACCUCCUCUUCUACCACUAACUCCCACCUCCUCUGAGGACUGCUCUGGAGAGAGGAGGCACUUAUUUUUGGAUUUAGAAAGUCGAAAAGCACCAUGAUAGGUGUUAGCCAGCCCAGCUAUAAGGAGUAUGGGGAAUAUGGACUAUGUGAGAAGUUUGUGAACACUGUGACCUGAUCUUAAACAUUGGGGUUUGUUUUGACCCUGUAAGAGAAGGAACGUACGCCCAAAGAUGGAUAAAACUCUUCCUCCCAUGAUCCUCCUGUGAUUUUAUUGUGUGAUCGAUGCGCCUCAGACGACUCAAGGAUUCACUCACCAGGAAAAGCACAAACUGGAGGCUGAAUAGCAUUGCUUCUGUAUCAUCUCUGUUUGUAUUUGUAUCACAGCAUCUGUUUUCUCACAAUGUCAUAACAUUUCCACUUUGCUCCCUAUGUUGGAUAUGAACUGGUAUUCAUAGAUGGUGUUAACAAU